AUGCACUUCCUCCCCUUCACGCUCCUCUCGCUGGCCGCAUCCAUCCUCUCACCACUCGCGAGUGCCAGCUCCACCAUCCGAAACCCCAUAGGCGCACUCUCCGCUGUACAAAAUGCCACGAUACAUACCCACAACCACCGGCUCACAGCCCUGUCCGACUUCGAGCUCAGCUUCAAUAUCCGCGACGAUGUACACAUCAAACUCUCGUUAGAACCGAAUCAUGAUAUUCUGGGAGAAGAUACGACGGUUACAUAUCUUGCGCCGGAUGGGAGCGUUGCGCGCCGAGAAGGCGUGGAUAGAUUGGGGCAUAGGGUGUUUAAAGGUGUGGCGUGGGCGCAAAGGCCGAGUAUAGGACAGAACCAAUGGCAGCGUGUUGGAUGGGCUCGUAUUGCUGUGACGCAGGAUGGUGCGCAGCCUGUGUUUCAGGGAGCAUUUUCGGUGAACCAUGAUAACCAUCACAUUGAGACUUCGACGAACUUUAUGAGGACGCGGCAUCCGAUGGAUCCUGAGGUGGACAGCUCCGAGGAAUACUUGGUCAUCUGGAGAGACUCGGAUAUCUUGGACGACGUUGCGCACUAUGGACAGCAUAAUGACUUGCGUCGCAGUAUUGAUGGUGAACUGGGGUCCUGCGCUGCUGAUCGACUCAUGUUCAACGCUCGCGACGAUCAUCCUGUCUACAUGGCGAUGAAGACGAAGCGCUCCUCAGACGACAAGUCUUACGGCUUCAUGGACUUCUCGAACAUCUUCAAACGACAGAUCGAUAGCACAAGUGGCGGAAGAAGUGCAGGUGUCAACUUGGCUAGCAACAUCGGAAACACUGCUGGGUGUCCGAGUACUCGGAAGGUCGCCCUGGUCGGCGUCGCCACCGACUGCACUUACACUGCUGCAUUUAACUCGACACAGUCGGCUCGUGAGAACGUGAUCCAGCAGAUGAACACUGCUUCCGGGAUAUGGGAGAAUGCUUUCAACAUCUCACUUGGCCUACAGAACUUGACUCUCUCGGACGCGAACUGCCCUGGAACACCGAACUCCGCGAACGAGUGGAACCAGAGGUGUUCCGACGACGUCGAUAUUCAGGACCGUCUCAACCUGUUCUCCGCCUGGCGCGGCAAUCAACGAGACUCAAACAGUCACUGGACAUUACUCAGCACUUGCGCGACGCAGACCGCUGUCGGGCUUGCCUGGCUCGGACAGGCUUGUGUCGGGACAGCCAUCAUGACCAACGGAAGCGUUACUGGUAACGGCCAGACUGGCGGAAGUGGUAGUGAGACUGUUGCUGGCGCCAACGUGGUCAUCCGAACUCAAGGAGCCAUGGAGUGGCAGGUUAUUGCCCAUGAGACUGGCCAUACCUUCGGAGCUGUCCACGACUGCACAUCGUCGACCUGUGCCAAUCAGAAUAUCGUCAACUCACAGCAGUGUUGCCCACUCACCGCCGACAAUUGUGAUGCUGGCGAACGAUACAUCAUGAACCCAUCCACCUCACGAGGUGUGAACACGUUCAGUCCUUGCUCGAUUGGCAACAUCUGUGGUGCGCUGGACCGCAACUCGGUCAACAGUCAGUGCUUGACAGACAACCGAGGUGUAACAACCAUCAGCGGACAGCAGUGCGGUAAUGGCAUUGUUGAGCCAGGAGAAGACUGUGAUUGUGGUGGCGAGGCAGGUUGCGCGGGCGACACUUGCUGUGAGCCAACGACCUGUUUGUUCACCAGCGGCUCCGUCUGUGACGAUGCCAACGAAGACUGCUGCCGUAGCUGUCAAUUCGCAUCCGCUGGGACAGUAUGUCGAGCAAGCACCGGAGAUUGUGACCCCCAGGAAACCUGCUCCGGUACUGGAGCUUUGUGCCCUGAAGACAACACCCAACCAGAUGGCACCGACUGUGGUGACGGCCUCGAAUGCGCUUCCGGACAAUGCACCAGCCGCGACCAGCAAUGCAAAUCAGUAAUGGGAAGCUACACCCGCGGAAACGAUACAUACGCCUGCGGCACUUCCGGCUGUGCAAUCAGCUGUGCCAGUCCAGAGUUCGGAACAGGAGUCUGCUAUGGCCUGCAACAAAACUUCCUAGAUGGCACCGAGUGUGGUGGCGGUGGUCGUUGUGCGAAUGGACAAUGCAAAGGCGCAACAACCGGUGGCCAAAUCCGCUCCUGGAUCGACGACCACAAAGCCCUUGUGAUAGGAAUCUGCGCCGCGAUAGGAGGUCUCAUCCUAUUUGCCAUCCUAGGCUGCCUCGUCCGCUGCUGUAAGCGCCGCCGUCGCGGCUCGAAGCGGGUUCCGUCAGGGCCCCCUGCUGCUCCUCCGGGAGGAUGGCAAGGAUGGAACGCUCCUGUCAUGAGCGGAGCCGCACGCGGUCACCCGAAUAUGCAACAACAGCAACAACAACAUCCAAGUCAUGGAUGGUUUAAUCAACAGCACGGUAACACCGGUGGUUGGACUCCACCUCCUGUGCCGCCACCGGCGUAUCAGCAGAGGAGUAAUAGCAUGAGGUAUGCAUAG